AUGGACAUUUCAUCAAAAACUCCGAAAAUCAUAGUUUUUGAUUUAGAUCGCACACUUUGGCCAUUUCAAGUUGACAAAGAUACGACAAACCCAUUUCGACGAACAGAAAAAAAUACAGUGGAAGACGCAAGUGGUAAACUAGUUUCUACAUUUCCUCAAGUAUUCGAUAUUCUUCACGAUCUUAUUUCACGUGGUUUUGUACUAGGAGUUGCAUCACGAAUAGAAGAUAUAAUGGGAGCAUAUCAGUUAUUAGAACUUUUCAAUUUGAACUCAUUUUUCACAUAUAAAGAGAUUUAUCCUACUUCUAAAAUAAUGCAUUUCAAAGAAUUACACCGAAAAACGGGAUUCCCUUAUGAAACUAUGGUAUUUUUUGAUGAUGAUGAACGUAACAUUAAAGCUGUGCAGCGACUCGGAGUUCAAACUUUCCAGGUGUCAAAAGAUGGAAUUGAUAAAAAAUUUGUUUUACAGUCUCUUAAUUUAGACAGUUCUCACUAA